AUGGUCCGCAUCGCCAAGGCCCUGGGCCUGGGCAUCCUGUGCGCGGUCGUGCUCAUUCUGUCGCUCAUCAGCUACGUGUCUCUGAGGAGAGACAGCCUCUUCUCGUCCGUGGGAGGCCCGCGGAUCAUGUUCCACGCGGGUUUUCGGUCCCAGUCGGCCAUGAACUUCCUGGACCCCUCCUUUAUUCCUCUCACCACUGCCCUGAAUGAGGAGCUUCAAGGUAAACCGUACAAAUGGAAGUUUAACAGAACAGCCUUUUACCAGCAGAGGAAAGAUAUCUUCAGCUACAUCGACAUUCCCAACAACUUCUCGCUCACGAAGAACAGCGUGCGUGUUGGCCAGCUGAUGCACUUUGACUACUCCAGCCACAAAUACGUCUUCUCCAUCAGUAACAACUUCAAGUCGCUCCUCCCGGAAAUCUCUCCCAUCCUCAACAAGCACUACAGUGUGUGCGCCGUGGUGGGAAACAGCGGCAUCCUGACCGGCAGCCACUGCGGCCCCGAGAUCGAUCAGGCCGACUUCGUCUUCCGCUGCAACUUCGCCCCCACGGACGUCUACUCCAAGGACGUGGGCAGGAAGACCAACAUGACCACGUUCAACCCCAGCAUCCUGGAGAGGUACUACAACAACCUGCUGACCAUCCAAGACAGGAACAACUUCUUCCUCCACCUGAAGAAGCUGGAAGGCGCCAUCCUCUGGAUCCCGGCCUUCUUCCUUCACACUUCUGCCACGGUCACCCGAACUCUGGUGGAUUUCUUUGUCGAGCAUAAAGGUCAGCUGAAGGUCGAGCUGGCCUGGCCUGGAAACAUCAUGCACAACGUCAACAAAUACUGGAAGACUAAGAACCUGUCUCCCAAACGCCUCAGCACCGGUAUCCUCAUGUACACGCUGGCUUUCUCCAUGUGCGACGAGAUCCACCUUUACGGCUUCUGGCCCUUUGGCUGGGACCCCAACACGGGCAAAGACCUGCCAUACCACUACUACGACAAGAAAGGGACCAAGUUCACCACCAAGUGGCAGGAGACUCACCAGCUGCCCAGCGAGUUCAAACUGCUCUACAAGCUGCACAGGGAGGGCGUCACCAAACUGGGUCUGUCCCACUGUACAUAG